AUGGGAAGAUAUAAUCUCACACGCAUCUCAGAGUUCUAUCUCAUGAGCUACUCAGAGGAUUCAGGCCUGCAGCCCGUCCUCUUUGGACUGUUCCUGUCCAUGUACCUGGUCACAGUGCUCGGGAACCUGCUCAUCAUCCUGGCCGUCAGCUCUGACUCCCACCUCCACACCCCCAUGUACUUCUUCCUCUGUAACCUGUCAUUGACUGACAUUGGUUUCACCUCCUCUACAAUCCCAAAGUUGGUUGUGGACAUCCUAACUCACAGCAGAGUCAUCUCCUAUGUGGGCUGCUUGACUCAGAUGUCGUUUUUUAUCUUUUUUGGAUGUAUGGACAGCGUGCUUCUGAGUGUGAUGGCUUAUGACCGCUUUGUGGCCAUCUGCCACCCCCUUCAUUAUAUGGUCAUUAUGAAUUCUCACUACUGUCACUUAUUACUUUUUAUGUCAGUCUGUGUUAGUGCUGUGGAUUCCCAGCUGCAGAAUUUAACAGCCUUACAAGUUACCUGUUUCAAAGAUGUAGAAAUUGCUAGUUUCUUUUGUGAAACUUCCAAAUUCCUUGACAUUUCAUGUUCUGAAACCAUAAUCAAAAACAUAGUUACAUAUAUGUUUGGCAUCCUAUUUGGUUUUUUUCCCAUGUCAGGAAUCAUUUUCUCAUACUAUAAAAUUCUUUCCACCAUUCUGAAAAUUCCAUCAUCUGGGGGGAGGUACAAAGCCUUUUCUACCUGCGGUUCUCACCUGUCAGUUGUUUGCUUAUUUUAUGGAACAGGCCUUGGAACGUAUCUUGGAUCAAGUGCAUCAUAUUCUCCCAGAAAGGGCAUGGUGGCCUCACUGAUGUACACUGUGGUUACCCCGAUGCUGAAUCCAUUCAUCUACAGCCUGAGGAACAGGGACAUUCUUAGCACCCUGAAGAGGCUCCACUUUUGGAAAAUCUAA